GACGUUUCGCAGCCGUUUCAGGAUUUCUGACGACGCUUUCGUAAAAAGCGAAUUCAUAAAAAGUUAUCAUUUCAAUGUUAGAUUUUAACCGAUACUAAUAAUAAGUUGCAUCAUUUAAAAUGAUUUUGCUGAGUAAACUUGUUUUUCAAUUUAUUAUGAUGACUAUUGUGCAUAUAUGCGUAAGUGCAAAUAUAAAUAAUCAAAACUCUGCUCUUGACCACGGCCUGUAUGAAAAAGUUUUGGAUACGCAAGAAUGUAUACGACAACUUGACUACAUUACUAAUAACGAAAACUUUGGACUAAAAGGACAAUUUAUUGAUGCAGGUAUCAGAACUCCUCGUGGAAUAUUAUUGAACAACUACAGAGACAUGGGCAACUAUUUCCAAUGUCUGGAUAUUAAAGAAGUAAAUCAAAAUAUGCUAGUAGAAGGAAAAUAUUGUGUAAUAGAAGUUCCUUUCCCUCGAAACAUAAACAUAGCAGAAUUUGAAGUGAUAGGUCUGGGUUUCCCUUGGAAUAAUCACCAUUGGGUGAAAGAUUCUAAUACGAGGACAAAUAAUAAGCAAACCUAUCAGCCUUUGCAACAAUACGAACUCGAAAAUGCAAACUUGGAAAAACUUUUGGUAAAUGGAAAACUGCAAUCGGGAGAAACUCGAAAGGUAAAGCAAAAUUACAUUCAGUUUGAACUGGCAAUAUGCAUACCUAAAGUAUGUUCUACACAACAAGCUUUGAGUAUUUUAGCAAAUAAUACUGCUGCAGUUUCUGAUAUUAGAGAAGUGUUCUGUCGACUUCCCAAUGACAAACCUUGGGUAGUAGUUGAUUAUAUAGCAAUUGCUAUAUUCUCUACCAUUGGGCUUUUGACAAUAUUUAGCACCUGCUACGACGUUCGUCAUUCAAUCAUUCUUCAAAAUGAUUCGAAGAAAGCAAAUAAACUGUACAAGACCUUCUCUGUCUUUACGAAUACUCGCAAGUUUUUAACAUUUAGAUCGGAUGCGAACGCGUUAAACUGCGUUGAGGGAGUCAGAGCAUUGGCCAUGCUAUGGGUGAUACUAAUCCAUACAUUCUCUCUUCAAUUUAGCUUUGUACCGGCAAAUCCAAUUGAUGUACACGAGUUCACAUAUUCGUUUUUGUCACUUUUUAUGACGAGUGGCAAUAUAACAGUGGAUACAUUUUUCAUGCUAACUGGACUUUUAUUAGUAUAUUCACAAACUUCAAAAAUGUCAAGACCGUUCUUGAAGAAUCUGCACGUGUUCUACCUGAGUCGUCUACUGCGCAUGUUUCCAGUGCUAGCGACUGGAAUAUUACUCCAAGCAUCUUUUCAAAACCACAUAACAGACGGCCCAAACUGGGGAGUAGUUGCAAAGAGUACUGAUGAUUGUCGCCAAUAUUGGUGGACUACUCUGCUCUAUGUUCAUAAUUUAGUCAGUUACGGGUAUUUGUGCCUUGGUCAUACGUGGUACCUUGCAGUGGAUAUGCAGUUGUAUGUCUUAUCGCCCAUUAUCUUAGUUUGGGUAUUGGGUGGCACUAAGAAAUCAGCUUUGGGGGCCUUAAUAUGUUCACUCUUAGCAGUACUUGCAAGUUCUACCAUAUACAACUUUCUAAUGGAGUUCCAAACUUCGACGUAUGCUCUGUCUCGAUCACCAGAAGAUAGGGAAUUUUAUACUCAAUAUUACUAUAUCCAUACCUUUCCUAGAGCUUCUCCAUUUUUUGUUGGGAUGAUUUUUGGAUAUUUAUUGCACCUGUGUCGGGGACGAAAAAUUCGAUUAUCAAGAAUAUUAGUCAUAUUUUAUUGGCUGCUCGCUACAGUUACAUCUCUGACCAUCAUCGUGUCUACUUACUUCAUUAUCCAACCGGAUUGGGAUAAUCAAAAUGUGGACAGUCUUCGCAACUCGUUCAUGAGACCAGCUUGGGCUGCUUGUGUUGCGUGGCUGAUAUUUGCAUGUGUUCACGGCUAUGGCGGUCCAAUUAACUGGUUUCUCUCAUUGACUAUAUUUAAAUUUUUGGGUCGACUGUCAUAUGCGAUGUACAUAUUUCAUUUACCAAUAAUUUAUAUCAUUAACGCUACUGCGUUAGCACCGAUUUAUUUUUCAAUAGAAUUUUCAAUGCAUAUGCUAAUUGUUGUCACGACGAUAACGACACUUGUGUCUUUUCUCGUUACGGUAUUUAUAGAUAUACCGUUUUCAAUUAUUUUCCAAAUGUUACUGAAAGGUGCAAAAUUUGGGGAAACCGCACUCAAUAAAGGGAGUGUAACUACUGAUAUCGGAGGCAUACCGCAACGAAUAGAUAAUGGAUUAAGACCCUAA